CCGUUCCAACUUCGUGUUGCUUUCACUUCCGGCAUUAUUUUCGAGGACGCAUGAAAUAACAUUUGUAUUUCUUUUCUGCUCAUCAGCGGUUGAUAUGCUAAUUUUGUACAUUUACGUCGAUACAGACAAUGUUUAGGUUGACUAUAUUAACUUACUAUCCCGUUUCUUGGAGAUGUGUGUUUAUUGUUUUCUAUUGACAUUUGCUUAUUAUAAUCGAAGCGAUGAAGACUAGUCUUUGAUAUGUCUGCUAAGUAAACGUAUUAAUCAUGAAGGCACCUGGAUGUUCGUCGAUUUGGCUUUGGACUCUAUUUGUUAUUUGUGGUCUUUUUGUUAUUUCCCAUGCAAAUAUUAAUAACGACGACGAUGAUGAAUGGAUCGAUCCAUAUGACAUGCUGAAUUAUGACCCAACAACCAAACGCAUGAGAAAACCCGCAGAGUCAGCAAGUUACACAAAUGUGCCAACAAAGAGAAGAGAGUUCAGCUCAGAUUCCUGUGAACUGCCAAAGUGUCCUGAUGUCUCCGAGUGCACGGAUAAACUAAGUAUAUUGCAGAAAGAGGUUGAUGAACACAAAAAGAAGGAGGUCACCAACUUCCCACAGCCAAGAUGUGUUCCAGUAUUCAGACGUUUCCUUGCCAAGCUUCUUAAAGAAACUGCUAAACUUGGUCUGCCUGAUGAUGCAAACAAACAUAUGCAUUAUGACGCCGAGGUGAAACUGUCCAAGCUGACGGUGUCAGAGUUCAGUAAGCUUUUAAGUGAAGACACUGACUGGACCACUGGAGCCAUGGAUGAGGCUCUCAGUCAAAUUCUGGUGAAAUUUAAACACCAUGACCCUGAAGCCUGGAAGUGGCGAUUUGAAGACACUUUUUAUGUGGAGUUGGAUACUGUCUUGAAGGUUUUAUUGUGCGUUCUUAUAAUCACCGCUGUUAUCUGCACUGAAGUAUGGUGUUUGGUGUCAUGGUUCAUCCAGUUCAGAAGAAUGUUUGCCGUAUGCUUUUUUAUAAGUUUGAUCUGGAACUGGUUCCAUCUUUAUAUGCUUGCAUUUGCUGACCACCAGAAGAACGCUGUGCAGAUGGAAAGUGUCAAUGCAAAAUGUACUGGGUUGAAACAGAUAGAUUGGAAGGAGAGUUUGUCAGAGUGGUAUAGACAUACAUGGACACUUCAAGAUGAUCCGUGUAAAAAGUACUAUGAAGUCCUGCUGGUGAACCCAAUUUUACUCGUACCUCCAACUAAGGCUAUCACAGUCACAAUAACAAACUUUAUCACCGAUCCACUGAAGCACAUCGGGCAGGGUAUCGGUGAAUUUCUGAGAGCUUUGCUGAAAGACAUGCCAAUCACUCUCCAGAUACCUGUGCUUCUUGUUAUUGCAGGAGGCAUCUUUGUCUUCAUGUAUGGAAGUGCUCAUGCAGCUAUACAACAUGCAAUGCCUUGGCCCCGGCUUGGUGGACGACAAGACCCGCCCCCACCUGCUGUAGAGCAACGUCAAGCUCCCAGACUAAGAGAGAAUGAAUAUUGGGCUGGAGGCGAUGCCCCACAGCCAUUACAAGAUCCCCAUCACAACAAUAACAAUCAUGUCAGGAACCGGAUUAACCAUGGCUUUGAGGCAGGAGAGCCUAAUGCUAAUGCCCCACAGCCUAACCAGGAGGGCAUAAGGACCCCUCAGCCAAGAGAUUCAAGAAGCAGCAUGGACCUUCAACAAGAAUUUGUUGGCCGGCAUGGAGAUGUUCAAACUGUCCGAGUCGAAACUUUGCGGUCUACGGGUAACAUGUCUAGCAAGGAUAACAUUGAUUGUCAGCAAAGGACACAGGAGCACGCACCUGGCAUAGAGAGAGGUUUAGAACCUGAAGCAGAGGACAUUCAAAAAGAAAAGAAAAAAGAGAAGGAGAAGGAUGUGUCUACGAAGGACAAGAAGGAAAAGAAAGAGGCUAAGACUCAGGACAAAAGAGAGACGGAGCCCAACGCCCCUUCCCAACAAAUAGAUGUGACAACACUUGGUGCUGACCAAGGGAGUGAUAAAGGAGCUGCAUGAACAAUUACAUACAGGUUUGGUAUGACAUGAAGGUGAGAAAGUGAUGACAAUUUCAUUUAGGUUAAAUUGUCUCUUUAAUAAUAGAACAUCAGUCUUACCUGAAGAUUGCUUUAUGAGAAAAAAUGUUUUCCCUUUGAUUCAAACACGGCAGCACAUCUUCUUAUGUUCACAAACAGGAUGUGGAAUGCUCGAAAUAACAUCAAACUGCAAGUUUUUACUGUAAGCGUUACAUAGUAUGUAUUCACUACAUUUGUGGUUAUUUUGUUGUAUCUCAUGGUCAAUGUGAUUUAAAAUGGUCUGUGACUCUAUUGUGAUUUUCAUGUUAACAUGACAAAAUGGACAUGUUAUAUAUAAAAUAUAACAAAUAUUUGUGCAUUUGCAAUAUUCUGACAUUGUGAACAGUGCAGUUUGCAUGAACACAUUAGGACAAUAUAUUGUAUGCCAUUACUUACUAAAACAUUUAUUAAUUAAAUAUAUAAUGUUCAUGUUAAUUCUGCAUCAUUUCUUUAUGUAAAA